AUGAAGUUCAGCUCGCUCGGCUUCCCAUUGCUGGGCUCCAGUAUCUUUAGCAGUGACACUGACACGACGCAAUAUCAGAUUCAGCAGAGGGAAAACUUGGCAUUCUCACCUCCGUUCUACCCCUCGCCAUGGAUGGAUCCCAAUGCCCACGGCUGGGCUGAGGCCUAUGCCAAGGCGAAAGACUUUGUCUCGCAGCUCACGCUCAUGGAGAAGGUCAACCUGACCACCGGAGUUGGAUGGGAAGGUGAGCAGUGCGUGGGCAACGUCGGCUCCGUCCCGCGCCUCGGCUUCCGUGGUCUCUGCAUGCAGGAUGCGCCCAUGGGCGUGCGCUUCGCCGACUACGUCUCCGUCUUCCCCACGGGUCAGACCGCCGCUGCCACGUUCGACCGUGGCCUCAUGUACCAGCGCGGGCUGGCCAUCGGCAAGGAGCACAAGGGCAAGGGCGUGAACGUCGCGCUCGGCCCGGUCGCCGGCCCCAUCGGCCGCAUCCCGGAGGGAGGACGCAACUGGGAGGGUUUCUCGCCGGACCCGGUCCUGACCGGCGUGGGCAUGGCCGAGACCGUUCGCGGCAUCCAGGAUGCCGGUGUUGUUGCUUGUGCCAAGCACUUUAUCGGUAACGAGCAAGAGCACUUCCGCCAGGUUGGAGAGUCCAAGCAACGCGGCUUCAACAUCUCCGCCACUCUGUCGUCCAACAUCGACGACAAGACCAUGCACGAGCUGUACCUGUGGCCGUUUGCUGAUGCGGUCCGCGCCGGUGUCGGCUCCUUCAUGUGCGCCUACACCCAGGUCAACAACUCGUACUCGUGCCAGAACAGCAAGCUCCAGAACGACCUGCUCAAGAACGAGCUCGGUUUCCAGGGCUUCAUCAUGAGCGACUGGCAGGCUCAGCACUCGGGCGUCGCCAGCGCCGUCGCCGGUCUCGACAUGACCAUGCCGGGCGACACCGAGUUCAACACGGGCCUCAGCUUCUGGGGUACUAACCUGACUGUCGCCAUCCUCAACGGGACCAUGCCCGAGUACCGCCUCGACGACAUGGUCAUGCGCAUCAUGGCCGCUGUCUUCAAGGUCGGCCAGACCAUCAACGAGCCUGAGGUCAACUUCGACUCGUGGACCGCCGACACCUUUGGUCCCCGCCACGCCGCCGUCAACAAGGGCUACCAGCAGGUCAACUACCACGUUGAUGUCCGCGAGGAGCACGGCAACCUCAUCCGCGAGAUCGGCGCCAAGGCCACCGUCCUCCUGAAGAACAAGGGCGCCCUGCCGCUCAACAAGCCCAAGUUCGUCGCCGUCAUCGGCGAGGACGCCGGCCCCAACCUCGCCGGCCCCAACGGCUGCGACAACCGCGGCUGCGACAACGGCACGCUCGCCAUGGGCUGGGGCUCCGGCACCGCCAACUUCCCCUACCUCAUCACGCCGGACGCCGCCCUGCAGGCCCGCGCCAUCGACGACGGCUCCCGCUACGAGAGCAUCCUGUCCAACUACAUGACCAAGGAGACCAAGGCGCUCGUCAGCCAGGCCAACGCCACGGCCAUCGUCUUUGUCAACGCCGACUCGGGCGAGGGCUUCAUCGACGUCGACGGCAACGCCGGCGACCGCAAGAACCUGACGCUGUGGCACGACGGCGACGCCCUCAUCAAGAACGUCAGCAGCUGGUGCCCCAACACCAUCGUCGUCAUCCACUCCGUCGGCCCCGUCAUCGUCACCGACUGGUACGACAGCGACAACGUCACCGCCAUCCUCUGGGCCGGCGUCCCCGGCCAGGAGACGGGCCGCUCCAUCGCCGACGUGCUCUACGGCCGCGUCAACCCCGCCGGCCGCACGCCCUUCACCUGGGGCGCCAGCCGCGAGAGCUACGGCGUCGACAUCAUGUACCAGCCCAACAACGGCAACGGCGCGCCGCAGCAGGACUUCAGCGAAGGGGUGUUCAUCGACUACCGCCACUUCGACCGCACCAACCAGACGCCCAUCUUCGAGUUCGGCUACGGCCUGUCGUACACGACCUUUGAGUACAGCAACAUCAAGGUGGCCAAGACCCAGGCCGGCCCUUACACGCCGACCACGGGCCAGACGGCGCAGGCCCCGACGUUCGGCGCCGGCAACUACUCCAAAGACCUCAAGGACUACCUCUUCCCCAAGGACAAGUUCGAGCACAUCUGGCAGUACAUCUACCCCUACGUCAACACGUCGACCUCCCUCGCCGACGCCUCGGCCGACCCGGAGUACGGCCGCACGGCCGCCGAGUUCCUGCCCCCCGGCGCGCUCGACGCCUCGCCCCAGCCCCUGCUGCCCGCGGCCGGCAAGUCGUCCCCGGGAGGCAACGCCGAGCUCUGGGACGCCAUGUACAUCGUGACCGCGACGGUGACCAACACGGGCAAGCUGGCGGGCGACGAGGUGCCGCAGCUGUACCUGUCGCUCGGCGGGCCGGCGGACCCGCCCGUCGUGCUGCGCGACUUUGCGCGCCUGCGCAUCGAGCCCGGCCAGAGCGCCGAGUUCCGCGCCACGCUGACGCGGCGCGACCUGAGCAACUGGGACGUGGUCAAGCAGGACUGGGUCGUGAGCGAGUACCCCAAGAAGGUGUGGAUCGGGUCCAGCAGCAGGAAGCUGCCGCUGUGUGCGGAUCUGUCGUAG